CCCUCGUCUUGUCGUCUAGGGUGCUGGAAGUCGUGCUACAAGUGCUCUCCAGUUGGAAUUGCGACAUUUCCGACUGUAUUUUAAGGCAGCACCAAUAGUCCAGCCCUACCAGGAAGACGAAGGGAGCCUGGGCUGACGCAGUGUGAUCAAUCCAUGGAAUUCCCCUCCUUGAGUCACUGUAAUACAAGAACAGGGAGACACCCUCUCAUCCCAGGCAACAUUUGUUUACCAGAAUGGACAGCCAGGAGGUGGGGAAAUUACUGGGAGAGUGUCUCAGUGCAGCUCGAGAGUCCACCCCGCCCACUGAGGCAGAGAGGCUGAACUACUGUAGUUCCAGAGAUUCACUGUGUGCAGAACUGGCCUCUCUCCUUCAGGAGGCUAUGGAAAUGAAGUGGCCCUUUGUGCCAGAGAAGUGGCAGUAUAAGCAGUCAGUCAGUGCCAAUGACAAGACCAACCUCAGUGACCUCAUCAGCAAGCACCUGUCUCAGCUACUGGCUUUUCUCAAAGCUUCCAUUGUGGCUCAGGAGGCGCGCUCAGCACUGGCGGUGGUCUUCUUAGUCGACCGCUUCCUUUACUGGACGGAUGAGUCCAGCCGACUGCUGAAGAUCACCAAGCUGCUCCACAAACACCACCGUGACGCCCCUGUGGCCCCCCAGCUGAUCAUACGACAAGCCAGAGUCUCCCUUAACUCUGGCAAACUACAGAAGGCAGAAUACAUACUGAGCAGUCUCAUUAACAAUAGCGGGGCCACAGGUUGUUGGAUGUACCACUCUGAAAGUGACAGGGCUCUUGUGCAGGCUGUUAGUGUUCAAGUGCGUGGAAUCAUUUUGCAAAAGCUCGGCCUGUGGCUAGAGGCUGCAGAGCUAAUCUGGGCUUCUUUGGUCGGCUACUACGCACUUCCUCAACCUGACAAAAAGGGCAUUAGCACAUCUCUUGGCAUACUGGCCAACAUAUUGGUGUCAAUGAAUGAUGAGGACUUCCAUGUUUUUACAGCAAAUCCAAAUAUUGAUUUGUCUCUACUCGGGGACGGGAGUCAUCGUCUUCUUUCAGCAGCCCAGGCAGCAAAGAUGGCUGUCGUAUACAGCCAGUACACUUCACUCUAUGUGUUGACUAAUGUGGCAACUCAAGGAACCUGCUUGUUAUCGUACAGUUUCUCAGUGGAAUGUCCUGCCUCUCAAAGGCAGUCUUUCCUCCUGCAGGCUAGUGAGGCAUUUUCAAUUGGCCUGCUCACCAAAGCAGAGGGCGAGCUGGUUACGAGCAAGCAGGAGCUUCAUACCUUCAUCAAGGCUGCCUAUUCUCUCACUGUCACUCACAAAUGGCUUGGCGCCCCCCAGGAGGUUGUGGCACAGGCAACUCAAGCUUGCCAAAAAGCAUUAGCACAUUUCUAUGAUUAUGAUGCAGAUACCCAGGACAAAGACAGCCUCUGUGCCGAAAUCAUGCAUCUGGUCAACCAAGUCAAGUUUCUGUUGCAUGUGGUACCUCUUCAUAAUUCAGACAAGGGGUCUUUUAUCCCUGACAGCUACAGAAACAUUAAAGACACAUCUGUGAAUUUCACUCUGGAAGGUUUUGCCAAGGUGAUGCAAAGGUUUCAAAAGUAUCAUGCAUCACUGUGUGAAAUAACAAACACAAACUGUAAAGGCACUAAAGAUGAGAUAGAUGGGUCAGGGCUUUGUACUUAUGCACUGGGGACAACCAUUGGCACACUGAACACAGAAUGUAGCACUGCAUCCUGCAAAGUGUCAAAAGAUGCACCCAAAGGAGAGGAGCCACAGCAGAGAGGUUCACAUUCAUCAGAUAGUCUUGGCUCUUCAUGGCAGAACUUCUCCUUGAGUAGUUCAGGGUCUCCUAGGCCUAGUAACAGUGGCUACACAGGGAGUAUUGCCAUUGAACGUGAUGCAAAUGCAAGCAACCAGAGCUGUCCGCCUACUGAGGUUGAUGAUGAUAGAUCAGACAGCAUGCUACAAUCCAACAAGAAGCAAGACUUACAUGGUUUUACCCCUAGUAUCAGUUCCCCAAGACCUCCUACUUCCUCCUCUGAUGUGUGUAGUGAUUCAGAGAAGUUUGAAGUGAUACAAGCUGAUAUAGAGACUCAGGACUCUGAGGAGGAAUGGGUAACUGAUGUUGGUGAGCCACAGAAACAAUCAGUAGCUGAAGGAGCAUCACAAUCCUUAUCCCAGCUAACCCUAAGAACAUCCUCCAGCUCUCUCAGUGACAGUUUCAGUUCCCAUUCGUCAUGGGAGAAAAUCUCAGCUGACCUAAACUCCCACAUAAACAAAAAACCUCAGCCAAAUAUCCUAUCAAAAGCAGGAACCAUCCAAAGCAGCAAUUCAACAGAAUCUGAUGGGAGUUUCUUCUACUUGGAAACACAAACCAGCGAUUCAGGUCAUGAGCCCAUGCACAAAAACCACACAACAGGAUGGGAAUUCAGAGCCUCAUCCAUGCCAAGACCACUGGAGAGCUUUCAUGUUGACCCAAAUAUGGGCAGAGAAGCUGAGUCAGUGUCUGUAAAACCUGCCUUCAAGAACUCCUUAGCAACCCCAAACUCAAACCUUUCCCACUUUGUCCCAGAACAGUAUGCUUCCACUGAACCUUCCUCAGAGAGUUCAUUUGAGAUGCUGGAGGAAAGUCAAGGGGGAGUCCAAUGUCAUAAAGAAGUGAACGUCCCUCACAGGAAGAACCCCUUGUGCUACAGCUGCCUAAGAACUGUAGCUGGUGUUGAUCCAGAGAGACAGUACUUUUUGUCACAGCAGGAUUACCAAGCUCUACUGGCUGGAGUUUGCCAUGACUGUCUGCUGAAGAGAUUGCACAGUGACAAGACACAAUUCAAACUCAACAAUUACAGAACUGCCUACAAUGCUCUUCAUUUAAAGUUCUCCAAAGCCACAGGACUGUGGACAGCCAGGGAGACCUGCAUUUACAUUGGGGAGCUGAUGGGCAAGGAGGGCAAACAGAGAGAAGCAAUAUGGUUACAGUUUUUACACCAAGAGGAGAGGUUAAGCAGAUAUGUGGGAAAAGAUUACUUGAAACCAAAGGGGAUCCAGUUUCACCUGAAAGAUGUGGAAAGACAGAUGACAGCCCAGUACUAUGUGACUGAAUUCAAUAAGAGCCUUUAUGACAAGGAAGUCAUGGCUCAGAUCUUCUUCAUUCCUUCGGAAGCACUAUUGCUUUUAAAUGGAAAUGAGAUUGUCGGCUGUGUAACAGUGGAGCCCUACAUGCUUGGAGACUUUGUAAAACUGACCAACAACACCGUAGAGAAGGACAUGAGGUUCCAGGCUACAAAAUAUGGCCUUGCCUUUGGACACUUUACGUACCUGUUCUCUGACCGCAAGGAAGUUGUUGUAGACCUACAAGGGUGGGUGACAGCCAAUGGCAAAGGGUUGACCUAUCUCACUGACCCCCAGAUUCACUCCACCAAGACAUCCAAAGGCAAAGGCAACUUUGCUGACACAGGCCUCGGGUACUUUCUGAAAGAGCAACAUGGACCUGAGUGCAAUGACAUUUGCCAUCUGCUCAAACUACGUCCAGUGGACACACCAACAUAUGUUCUGCCUCCGAAACCUUGAGGAGAUGUUGACGUUGAGUGUUUGCAUUCAAAUUAAGUGAUUUUAAGUAUGUUGUACUAUACUCUCUUUUCUAUUUACAACUGAUGCAAACUUUGUUUUCCAGCUAAUUCUGAUAACUUUAGACACUCUUUAGACCCUAUGUAAAUAUAGCACUACAUUUUUUGCUCAACAGUUAUAGAAGUGAGGAGGUUUGAGGUAAAACAUUUUAAAAUCUGGAUAAUUUAGGAAUUUAACUGAAUAAAUUUUUGUGCUACUGAAAGAGUACAGAGUUUUCAAAAGAGUGGUGGGUGUGAGGGGUAUGCCACUGAAAGAAAAGAUCAAAUGAAAAAAAUUAUGAAUAUAUUGUAACUGCAUUACAUUAAUGGUGCUAAAUAUUUGAACCAUUAACUUAGAUGUCAUUUAAAUGAUAUCUUUCUCUACAUGGUUAACAAUCUAAUACACUAAACACUCUGAACACAACGAUAAGCCAGUCUCUGAGAUGUUGCAAUCAUUGCAUGAUUUACAGUUUAGUUUCCGGCUGAAAUAAAUAAUAAAAUAUUUUUGUGCUGUUUUGUUUUGGAAAUAAAGUCUUUGUUCUCAA